CUUUUUUCUACUUUGACUAAAAGCAAUCCAGAACCCCCUUUUAUCCAAUCUUCAUUUCUUUAUCUAAAAAUUACAUCUUUUUUUUUAUUUUGUGAAUUCUGGGAAAGGAAAAAAAUGGCUAAAAUGAUGAGUAAUGAAUGUAUAUUUUCUGCUUGUAAUCAUGGUUUUGAUAUGAAGAAAAUUGAUAAAGUGUCUGUUGGUAUGAUAAAGUUGCCAACUUUAUCAAAUCUUGCUUCAUCUUUGACCCUCCGGGAAUCUUCCGCCGGCGAGUUUUUUGGCCGGCCGGUGACUUUAAGAGGUCAAGAAAGAAGGGCUGGUGCCCAAGUAGCUGCGGCUUCUGAUGCCAAGAUGAUUAAUGGCAUUGGGAAAUCUUUAAGAUGGUGGGAGAAAGGGCUUCAACCAAACAUGAAGGAAAUAACAGGUGCAGAAGAUCUUGUUGAAUCGCUUUCGCAGGCAGGUGAUCAGUUAGUUGUUGUUGAUUUCUUUUCACCUGGUUGUGGAGGCUGCAAAGCUCUUCACCCCAAGAUAUGUCAAUUAGCAGAGAUGAAUCCAGACGUGCAGUUUCUGCAAGUGAACUAUGAGGAUCACAAGUCUAUGUGUUACAGCCUCAACGUUCAUGUUCUCCCGUUUUUUCGGUUCUAUAGAGGAGCUGAAGGUCGUGUUUGUAGCUUUAGCUGUACAAAUGCUACGAUCAAGAAAUUUAAAGAUGCAUUAGCAAGGUAUAAGCCUGAUAGAUGCGGCUUAGGGCCUCCAAAAGGUUUAGAGGAGAAAGAAUUGAUAGCACUUGGGGCAAACCGCGACCUUUCAUUUGUAUAUACGCCAAAAGGUUUAGAGGAGAAAGAAUUGACACCACCACCAUUGCCGUCUCUGGCAGUAGCGGGCUCACAAUCAAAACUAAAUGCUCCUCUUCCUCUUCCUCUUCCUCGUUCUCUGAAGUCUACAUCGGAAAUGAAAAAAGACAGUAAAGAUAAUACCUUGGUGUCUUUUGGGAGAUGAGAUGGAUUUGAGAUGUUUUAAAAGCUCAUGUCUAAUGUUAGUGUCUGUAUAGGGUACCCAUGUACCAUUUCGCAUUUUUUGUUGUGUAGAUCGUGUAAAAGUAGCUAGUGUUUGCACCUCUGUACCCAUCUUCUUGAGGCUUAGCGCCAAAAUUUAUGUCUAAUAUGUAUAUGAACGAAGUGACUUAGUUUACUUCGUCCCAAGAGUUCAAUAGAAGUUAUGAGUUAAUUAGCA